AAAAACUCAAAACGUCACCACAUCGCCGGUAAAACAGGUUGUGGAGAAAAGAUGAAAGCCGUCCAGGUGAUUUUUCUCGCUCUGCUGUCCGUUCUGGCGGCAAACGCUCAGGUCAUCAUGCCGGGAAAAUGCCCCCAGCCUGCUGUUCAAGAGAACUUUGACACUGCCAGGUAUCUGGGUAAUUGGUAUGAAAUCCAGCGGCUGCCACAUGCCUUCCAGUACGGCGACUGCUCCACUGCCACCUACAGCCUGCAGAGCCCCGGAGUCGUUGGUGUCCUCAACCGCGAGCUGCUUGCUAAUGGGACCAUAGACUCCAUCAGUGGCUCUGCCACAGCAAAGGAUGCCUCUGAGCCUGCCAAGCUGCUCGUCUCCUUCUUUGAGAACGCUCCCCCCGCUCCUUACUGGGUGCUUUCCACCGACUACGACAGCUACACUCUGGUCUACAGCUGCACCGACCUCGAGUUGCUGCACGUGGACUUUGCCUGGAUAAUGAGCAGGCAGCCCACGCUGCCCAAGGAGACCCUGGAGGAGCUGCGGAGCCAGCUGGCCGCCAUUGGAGUCAAAGUGGACAAGCUGCUCACCACCAAUCAGGAUGCAGCGUACUGCAGCACCAUGAACCAGUGAACCGACUGAGUUGCACCUGUUGAUGUCUGAAGGCCUCCGCUCAUGUGUGGUGCUUGGAGUUGUGCUUCUGCAAUAAACUUAUUUAAACACCGGUAAA